AUGCGUUACGCUCUUACUGCUGUUGUCCUGGCCUCCGGUGCCAUGGCUUCCAUCGGCCACGGCCCCGAGACCUCUACUGCUUACACCACCGACGUCGUCACCGUCACUCACUGUGGCCCUGAGGUCACCAACUGCCCGGCCAGUUCUACCCAGGUCGUCACCAACACUGUUCCUCUGACCACCUCGACCUUCUACACCAGCAUUGUCCACACCAUCACUGACUGCGGUCCUUCGGUCACCAACUGCCCUGCCCACAGCACCAUCAUCUCCACCGAGACUGUCCCUGUGUCGACCACUGUCUGCCCCAUCGGCAGCGGCUCCUCUGCUGUCCCCGGCCACUCCACCAAGACCUCCGAGAGCCCCAGCCAGCCUACCUCUUCUCACGGUGGCCCCAAGCCCAGCAGUGCUGCUCCUAGCAGUGCCGUCCCCAGCAGUGUCAAGCCCAGCAGCGCUGCUCCCUCCCCUAGCUCUGCUAAGCCCAGCAGUGUCGUUCCCACCAGCGCCAAGCCCAGCACUCCCGCUGUCUCGAGCGUGCCCAUCAGCCACACCUCUGAGAACAGCCCCCAGCCCGGCAGCAGCAAGCCCGUUGUCUCCAGCGUGCCCAUCAGCUACACCUCCGAGAACAGCCCCAACAAGCCUUCCACCACCUCUCUGGCCGGCACCCCUAGCGUCUGCGUUCCCAGCGUUUCCACCACUGCCAUCACCAAGAGCUACACCACUGUCCUCACCACCGUCGAGUACGCCACCUUUGACGUUCCUUGCCCCAUCUCCACCCCUGCCCAGGAGCCCAGCGCCACCUUCAGCACUCCCCCUAUCUCCAGCAACUCUCCCACCGGUGGCAACUCUACCACCACCCAGCCUCCUAUCCCCACCGCCGCCGCUGCUGGUCUUGCCGGCUCCUCUCUCUUCGCCGGAGCUGCCGCUCUGGCCGCUCUCGUCCUUGCUUAA